AUGGACUCUCCAACUACCUGCUACGAUGUCCUCAUUCUCGGAGAUGGUCCCGCCGGUCUAUCGGCCGCUCUAGCUCUUGCUCGCGGUGAUCGUUCCGCCAUCCUCCUCAGCUCUGGUUCGUAUCGCAAUCACGGCGUGGCUGCUCUCCACAGUGUAAUUGGCCACGAUGGUGAGAGUCCCGAGCAGUUUCGCGCUGGAGCACGAGAGCAGCUGCGACAAAAAUACCCAAACAUUGCCAUGGCUGAAGGAGAGAUGAUUGUGCAGGCACGCCAAGCCGAAUUCUCUUAUCAAGGGCGCAAUUGGAAAGGCUUCCGCUUAGAAUCUGCGAGAGGCAAUUCCUUCUAUGGACGCAAGUUGAUCUGGGCUGCCGGAGCUCGCGAUUGUUUCCCGGAAGAUGUGCCCGGCUUCGCUGCUUGCUGGCCAUCUCACAUCCAUCACUGUCUCUUCUGUGAUGGGCUGGAACAGAUCCGGAAGCAGCCAACAGCAGGCGUGGCUGUCUUGGCAUAUCCGUGGAAGCCCAUCUACGGCUACUUGGCCAUGCAGGCGGCGUCGCUACGGCCUGCUCGAGUCGUCAUUUUGACCAACGGGGAUGUGUCUGAGCAAGAGCAGGAGGCUGUAGAAAAGGCGUUGCGACUGGCCCGCGGCGUUGGCUGUACCGUCGACAAUCGCCGAAUCUCUCAGCUUCAUCUUUCAGAUGCUGCUGGGUCCAGCCUGGUGACGGUCGAUUUCACCGAUGGCUCUCACGACGAGUUUGUGUUUCUCAUGAACAAGCCCAAAACCGACGUCACGUCUCGAGAGCUCAUCGAUCAGCUGGGACUCGAGCUGGAGGAUUCGCCGCAUCUCGGAACUACCAUCAAGCGCCGCGAGCCCUGCGGCGAGACAAACAUUCCCGGCGUCUACGUGAUUGGCGAUGCAGGAACCCAUGCCAAGCAGAUUGUGGUGGCCAUGGCGCAGGGCGGAUAUGCCGUGGAUAGUCUGUGGGGCGAGUUGCUUACAGAGGACGCUGAAAGGAAGAUGCAAGAUAUCAAAGGCGGCGUUGCAUCUUAAAACGGUACAACUAUGAUUGAAGCACUUGUAUCAAGUACAUUAUUUACACCAUGUUCAACUUUAUAUAGUAACUUGUUUAUUCUGUUUUC